GUCAAAUUGAAUGUGACAGCUAACAGCAGAUUGUUAUUGUGCAGUUCGCACGUGUGUAUUAAAUUAUUAUAAAUUAAAAUACUAUUCAAAUGCAAGAAUAAUGGACGCCUACGAUAUUUUUAAGAAAUUAACAAAAGGUUUAACGUUUAAGAAUAAAGUUUUGGGCGUUAAAAACAAUGGUCAAGUAUUAAAGCCAGCAAUAAAAAAAGAAGAAAUUGAAGUAAAAGAAGAAAACAUAAGUGACAAUGAAGAGGAACUUAACAAUGAGAUAGAAAACUCCGGAACAGAGUCUGAAGACCAGAACUCUGAUGAGGAGGAGCAGGAUGACUUACAAUUAGUGGAGGGAGUCAAAGUAAGACAGGAGAAGAAGAAAAAACAGAAAAAAGAAAAGACUGAAGAUUUGAAAAAGAAAUUGGAACUGGAAGAGCAAAACCGUUUCCGCAAUGAACAUGGAAUUAAAACAGUGGGUCGUCAUGUGCCUGCUGCACUGCAAGAUUUCUCAGAACUGGUGUCUCGAUACAAUGUGUCACAGGCUCUCGUGGAUACUGUGAAGCAGUGUGGAUACAGUGAGCCUACUCCAGUCCAGCGACAAGCUCUGCCUUGUAUGUUAGAAGACCGUCAAAUUCUCGCCUGUGCGCCAACUGGGUCAGGAAAAACAGCCGCUUUCCUGGUCCCCAUCCUUCAUGCACUGGGUGCUCCGCAGGGCGGUCCCAGAGCCCUAAUACUAUGCCCUACUAGAGAACUGGCACAGCAAAUAUACCGUGAAGCUCUAAGGCUUAGUGCCUCCAGCCAGUUACGGUGCAGUGUGGUCAGGAGUAUCAAAGAGUCGAAGGUGAAGGAACGAGAGGCUACUAUUAGGAAGAGUGAUAUAAUAGUGAGUACGCCAAACCGUCUGUGCUACUUGCUCAACCAAGACAAUGUCAACAUUUCAUUAGAAAAAAUCCGCUGGCUAAUAAUAGAUGAGGCGGACAAAUUGUUCGAAGGCUCCGAGGAUCAGUCCUCAGACUUCAGACAGCAGAUGGAGCAGAUCCUGGCAGCCUGCGGCAGUAAACAGCGUCGGGUAGCUAUGUUCAGUGCCACGCACACACCUCGACUCGCGCAGUGGAGCCGACGGCAUCUUAGGGGACUUAUUAAUAUUACUGUUGGACAUAGGAAUGCAGCGACUAAUUUAGUUGACCAAGAGCUUUUGUUCUGUGGCAACGAGAGCGGAAAACUGGUUGCAUUCAGACAAUUAGUACAACAAGGAUUGAAACCACCUGUAUUAGUGUUCGUACAAAGCAAGGACCGCGCGAAGCAGUUGUUCAAGGAGCUGAUAUACGACGGCAUCAACGUGGAUGUCAUACAUGCAGAUAGGACACAGCUUCAGCGAGACAAUGUGGUACGAAGUUUCCGCGUGGGUCGGAUCUGGGUGCUGAUCUGUACCGAGCUCAUGGGACGUGGUAUCGACUUCCGAGGAGUGAACCUCGUCAUCAACUACGACUUCCCACCCUCGGCCAUCGCCUACAUCCAUAGGAUCGGACGAGCAGGUCGUGCAGGUCAGAAAGGACGAGCCAUCACAUUCUUCACUCAGGACGAUGUCGCCAAUCUCAGGAGCAUAGCGUCAGUAAUGCAGCAAUCAGGCUGUGCGGUACCGGAGUACAUGUUACAACUACGCCAGAAUCCCAACAAACGUAAGAAGUUGCUGACCAAGGCACCGCGCAGGGACAACAUUUCUACCCGCCUGGAGAAAAGACCUGACAAACGUAAACUAGAAGCUGCUGACGAAGUAAUGAAAGCAGAUAAAACUAAGCCUACAGACUCAAUCAAAAAUGCUAAAAACAAUAAAAACAGAAGAACACAGAAUUUAGAACAAAACAAACAAAAACACGACAACAAGGCAGACAGCAAAAAUAAUAAAAAGAGAAAAAAGAAAAACUUAGGUAAUAAGAAAAAUAAGAAAGUUGUUAAAACAUAAAUAAAUAUAUAAGUUGUUUUAAGUA